AAAGAAGACGGAUCGUUUGUCCUCCUCAUCAGCAUAUCGAACUCUGCCAGCUUUUAUUGGGAAUUUUCUGGACUUGUACUUGCCACGGCCCCCGACAGCUUCAUUUUUUGGUCCUUCGCCCGAGAUAUUCCAGCGCCUUUUUGCCAAGAUAAAUCCGUGUACACAAUGGCUCCAACGACCCACCAAAAUCCUCGUCGCUCAUCCGGGAGCAAUGUAUACAGAUGUCGAGUCUGCAGGGGAGUCCACGCUCUGAGGGUUUGCCAACGGUUUCUCCAACUGCCGGCUGUGAAGCGGCUCCGCGCGGUACUCAUUAACAAGUACUGCGCAAACUGUCUGGCACACGAGCAUUCCGGUCGGUCGUGCCGCAGUACAGCGAGGUGUCAUAUAUGCAAUGAGGCUCAUCACACGCUGCUACACAUCCACACUGGGCAGCCUCGCUCUUCGCGACCCCGACAAAGGCGCAACCCACCCUCGGAUUCUCGGCCUCAGCGUCAAUCACAGCAGCGCCAUCAGGCGCCUGUAUCCGGAUCUCGGCGGCCCGCCACGCCAAUGGAUAUGUCUCCAUCCCGCAGCCGGUCGUGCACGCCUAUCCUGGCGCGCACAAGUGUUAGCAUCCUCCCGACCGCGUCCGUGCUAAUCGGAUCCGACCAAAAGCGGUUUGAUGUCCGAGCCCUGGUGGAUCCGUGCUGUCCUGUGAGUCGCAUCCACAUCUCCCUGGUUAAAGCCCUUAAUCUGGCCAUCACGGGCAUUGGCGACCAACGGGUGUGCACCACCGAGAUGCGCUCCAAGGCCUCCAAGAUGAGCAAGCAGCUUCUGAUGCUAGUGGACGAGCAGAUGCAGACACGAACGCCGGGGCAACCGCUGGACCCGAAGGUGCAGGACAUGUUUCAGAAUGUCACAUUGGCGGAUGACCGGUGGUUCCACCCAUCGCUAGUGUCGGUUGUGCUGGGAGCGGACGUUUACGCUGACCUGAUGCUGCCGGGUAUCCUCCCGGAUUGGUUCGCCGAGUUGACCAAAUCUGUGCUUUGA